CUUACAUCAAAAUGUCCGAUAUUUUCAUCGAAACUGAACAAAAUACAGACUCUAAAGCUCUUCUAGAAACUCCUGAACUAGAAAAAUCGGAAGAUACUUUUAUUACAACAGAAGUAGGAAAGGUAGAUCAAGAAAGAGAGAAUAUUAUUAAUCCAAAAAUAUAUAAUGACAAGGAAGAAAAGCAAGAUACUAGUAAAGAAAACGUUACAGAAGAAAAUGAAAAAACUGAGCCUUCACCAGAAUGGGUAGACCUAUUAGGAAGUGGAGCAAUUAUGAAAAAGAUUCUCAAAGAGGGUAAACCUGACACUAGGCCUAACAAAAAUGAGAAAUGUAUUAUUAACUACAGCUUAUAUCUUGAAGAUGAAAUUCUAGUGGAAAGUGCCAGUAAUUUUGAAUUGAAUUUAGGAGAAUCCGAUGUAAUACAGGGACUUGAUGUAGCCUUAGGAUUGAUGAAUCUUGAUGAAAAAUGUAGAUUAAAAAUUGAACCUAGACUUGCUUUCUCCAAGAAAGGGUACCCACCUAAAGUGCCUGAGGAUGCCUUAGUUAUUUAUGAUGUUGAGUUAGUAGGAGUAGAGCCAGAAGAUGAUAUUGAUGUAAUGUCUGUUACUCAACGUAAAAAGAAAGGGAACAAAAAGAGAGAACGAGGAAAUUGGUGGUAUACUCGUGGUGAAAACAAUAUAGCUAUUCAGUGCUAUAGAAGAGCUUUGGACUAUUUAGACGAAGUAGAAGGAAGUAGUUAUGCUCUAUCAGAUGAUAAUGAAAAGGGAGAAAUAUCAGAUUCCGAUUUACAAAGUAUUUUGGAGGACCGUAUCAGUGUUUGUAACAAUAUGGCAGCGGCACAGAUUAAAAUGGAGAAUUACAGUGCAGCUCUGAGUUCGUUACAAAUUGUACUUAAGUGCCAACCAAACAAUGUUAAAGCUCAUUUCAGAAAAGCUAAGGUAUUUAUAGGAAAAAAUGACCUGCCUACAGCAAUGAGAUGUUUACUAAAAGCUAAGGAAUUAGCACCGACUGAUUCAGAGAUUCAAAAAGAAAUAAUCAAAGUGUCUAAAUUGCUUGAUAAACAAAAAAAUACAGAGAAAGAGUUGGCGAGGAGAAUGUUUAAUGGUACCACCACAAAGCCUGAUGACCUAAAAGAUAAAAAGAAGUCUCGUGGAAGUAAACUAGUCUUGUGGGGAACUCUUGGAGCAGCCGUAGCCAUAGGUGCUGCAGGUUUGGUAGCAUACCGUCUAAAAGUUUAACAUUCAUUUCAUUGCAUUUAGCCAAAUUACUAGGAGGAACUCGAGUUUAUGUUAGUCACCGUUCAUUUUAAGAUUUUUAUACUUGUUGGUUUGUGAAUCACUAUUUGUUUUAUAAAAAGAAAGGAAUUUGGUAUUUUACAUUAUUUGUUAUUUGUUCUUUUUAUUAUACUUUGAAUAUUAAUUAA